CACUUCUUUCUCUUUUUUCAUUUCUUCAUUAAACCCGACACGAUGGCUACUAUUUUACGUUUGAAUGAAAAGUCUUCUAAAGACAUUCUCCUUGUUCACAAAUAUACAAAGUCCACCAUUCCUGUAGAAACUGCCAAAGAAUUAAGUUUGGAGGUCGAUAAUAAACAUAUUGAUACUGCUAUCACUAUUAUCAAUUAUAUUGUAUCUCAAACCUCUCCUGAAUUGUUGGGUAAAGACAAGUUGGAACAAACUCAGGUGGAAGACUGGUUAUCCUUUAUUGUUUCUUCUCUUCGUUCUGCUGCCAAGAAGGAUGUGAUUGCUCAUAUGGAAAACAAACUUAACUCUCAUUUGAAUUUUGCCACUUUCUUCGUCGCCAACCGUUUGACUGUUGUGGAUAUUGUUAUCUUUGGUAUUCUUCAUGCAUACACUAGAAAUAUGAAGGUGGCUUCUGUACCCAACGUCAUGCGAUGGUUUGAUCUCGUACAACAUUUGAUUAUCGAAAAUAACAGUAAUUUGGCCGAAGUUUUCCCCUUGGUAUCUAUUGAUCUCAACGAUGUACCCGAACCUGCUCCUCCCAAAAAGGAUGAUAAGAAGGGUGAUAAGAAGGAUGAAAAGAAGGACAACAAGAAAGACAACAAGAAGGAUGACAAGAAGAAUGACAAGAAGGAAAAGAAGGAUGCUACUGCUGAUGGUGAUAAAAAGGGUGAAGCCAAGGAUGGCAAAAAGAAAGAAAAGAAGGAAAAGAAGGAAAAGAAACCUGCUGCUGCUCCUGUAGAAAGUGAUCAACCUACUGUGUCACGUUUGGAUAUCCGUGUUGGUUAUAUUCGCUCUUGUAAAAAACAUGAAGGAGCUGAUUCUUUGUAUGUGGAAGAAAUUGAUCUUGGUGAUGGUGAAGGUGAAUAUCGUACUAUUGUGUCUGGUCUUGUUAAAUGGUAUCCUUUGGAAGAAAUGCAAAACCGAUGGGUUAUUUGUUUGGCCAAUUUGAAACCUGCUAGUAUGCGUGGUAUUAAGUCUCAAGGCAUGGUAUUAUGUGCUUCUGAUCCUGAUGGAACCAAGGUAGAACUGCUUUCACCUGUUGAUACAAGCAAGGUCAAGCCUGGUGAUCGAGUAUACUUUGAAGGCAUGGAAGGUGAACCCGAAAAGGUAUUGAAUCCCAAGAAGAAGUACUGGGAAACUGUCCAACCUGAUUUCAAGACAAAGGAUGACAAGUUGGCUUACUUCCAAGAUAAACCUUUCCUUAUCAAGACUGCUAGUGGUGAACCAAUCAAAUGUCAAGUGGCUACUGUCCAAGGUGGUGGUAUCAAAUAAGUUUUUAGUGAUUAGAAAUAGUAGUAUUUUUUUUUUCUCGUUGUAUUUCUUAGGGUAUUUAGGUUAGAAUAUACUUGAUUCCUUUUUUUAUUAGUUUAUUAUGAUAUAUACAUAUUUUUGUUGGGUUAACAAAUCUUGAAAUAAAGGAAGAAAAAAAGUCAAAUUCGAUUCUCACGCAUAAUUCAAUC